UUGGCCUUCUUUGCCGCCUGCCGCGUCGCCUAGCAACCGGGCUUCGGGGACGCGGCUGCGGGACCUCCAGGCCUCUGGCUACUAAACCUGGAGGUUCUGUACCAGACGCGCUGGUUUUCCGGCACCAUGUCCAUGCGGACGCUACCUCUGCUCUUCCUGAACUUGGGCGGGGAGAUGCUUUACAUCCUGGACCAGCGGCUGCGGGCCCAGAACAUUCCCGGAGACAAGGCCCGCAAAGAUGAAUGGACAGAGGUGGACAGAAAACGAGUUAUGAAUGACAUCAUUUCAACCAUGUUCAAUCAAAAGUUCAUGGACGAAUUGUUCAAACCCCAAGAGCUCUACUCCAAGAAGGCCCUGAGGACCGUCUACGACCGCCUGGCUCACGCCUCGAUCAUGAGACUGAACCAGGCCAGCAUGGAUAAGCUCUAUGACCUGAUGACGAUGGCUUUCAAGUAUCAAGUGUUGCUGUGUCCUCGUCCCAAGGAUGUGCUGCUGGUCACUUUGAAUCACUUAGAUGCCAUCAAGGGACUCAUCCAAGAUUCCCCAACCAUCCUUCAUCAAGUGGACAAGACGUUCCGGCAGCUGACUGACAUAUACGGGGGCCUCUCUGCAGGGGAGUUCCAGCUGAUCCGACAGACACUCCUCAUCUUCUUCCAGGACCUGCACAUCCGGGUGUCCAUAUUUCUAAAGGACAAAGUUCAGAACUCCAGUGGUCGCUUCGUGUUGCCAGUGUCCGGGCCCGUCCCCUGGGGAACUGAAGUCCCUGGACUCAUCAGAACAUUCGACAGCAAAGGCAAAGAAGUGAAGAGGACAGAAUUUAAGCACGGCGGGAGCUAUGUCGCUGCCCCCAGAGAAGGGUCUCUUGAGCUCUAUGGAGACCGAGUCCUGAAACUGGGAACUAAUAUGUAUAGCGUGAACCGGCCCGUGGAAACCCACAUGUCUGCAGCAUCAAAGAACUUAGCUUCACGGACGCAGGAAAGCAUUGUUCCAAACCCUCUUGCUAAAGAAGAGCUGAAUCUCCUGGCCAGGCUGAUAGGAGGCAUGGAGAUUCAGAAACCCAGUGGCCCUGAGCCAGGAUUCCGGUUGAAUCUCUUCACCACUGAUGAAGAGGAGGAACAAGCAGCGCUCACCAGGCCAGAAGAGUUAUCCUACGAAGUUAUCAACAUCCAAGCUACUCAGGACCAGCAGACGAACCAGGAGCUGGUGCGGAUCAUGGGGGAGUUUGAAAUCACGGACCAGUCAAGGCAGAGCACCAGCAAGGGCGACGACUGGCUCGCCAUGAUGGAUGAGUUAUAGCCGUGCUGACCAGGCGCCCCUCCCCCUGCGGAGAGGCCGCUUGAUGAGGACCCCGGGGGUGCCCCCCAGGGAACCACACGAUGCUGCUAGUUUUCUACUAAGCGAAGCCCUUACCCUCUUGUUCCCAUUUCCGUCCUGAUAAACUGUGCGGGUCUGCCUCGGGAGCAUGCUGUCCGGAAGGCAACACACAUACCCGUAUUUUCAGCAAAAUAUUCUCUGGCUUUGAAAUUGGACCCUUCCCCAUUUCCUUCCUGGUUUUAUGGCACUCAGAGCAUCUGGAGCCCAGAAUCAGCAAGAUGGUGCCCCUCUUGCCACCUGCAUGACAAGCCUGGCUCAGGGGGGCCUGCCGCUCAGAUGCCCAUGGAUCGUCACAAAAUUUCAGAGCUUUCCGGGACAUCUUCUGCUUUGUGAGUCUGACAUAAGUGGAAAAGGCAAUCGCCUCAAACCGUCGGGGCCCAGUUUAUACAGCCUGGCACACUGGAAGCUGUCACCUCAGACGCAGAGGAAGCAAGGCCGUGACAGGGGACUCCUCCCGCGGGCCCCGCGCAGAGCCUGUGGGCGUCUGUGGUUCUCCACACGUCUCUCCAUCCAUAUGUGGUGUGGGCUUAUCCCAUGUGGAAAUGUGUUUGCUCUCUAGCGUGAUACGUCCUCCUUACCCCCAGAGUCUUCCUCUGCCACUUAGCGUUCUUGCCUUCUAAAGGCGCCCAGCGUGAGUUGCCAUGACAGCCGUCUCCUCUGCUUCGCCAUUAGCGGCCAAGCAGUGCUGUAAGCUGGACGUGCGGGAGGCACGUGGUGUACCGCUUUCCCUUCCAUGCACCAGAUGAGUUAGUCAAUACUUCCCUUGGCAGGAUGCCAAAGUCUAAUUUGGAUCCAUGAGAAAUGUCUCAGGCCAGGGCUGCCCUCAUUGCUUCAGGAAGGAGGGUCAGCCCUCCACCUCGUGUUCAUUCUGGCCGAGUAACUGGCAGCUCGAGGUCAGCCAACAUCCAGAGGUCAAGGUCCAUUCAGUCUCCUGGAAGCAAUAUCCGGAACAGCAAAGGGUGGGAGAGGAACUGAGCUGAGCUGGUCACUGCCUGAGAUUGAGCCAACCAGGACCACUUGGGACCCCUGCACCCUAGUAAGAGUGGAGGCAAACGUAUUUCUGGAAAGCAAGGGUCAGGGUACCCAUCCUUUAGCUUACCCAAGGCACAGGGUUUGGAUUUGUUGUUGCUGUUAUUUAGUUGUGUCUGACUCUUUGAGACCCCAUGGACGUAGCCUGCCAGGCUCUUCUGUCCGUGAGGAUUCUCCAGGCAAGAAUACUGGAGUGGGCAGCCAUGCCCUCCUCUAGAGGAUCUUCCCGACAAAGGGAUGGAACCCACAUCUCCUGACUUAGCAGGCGGGCUCUUUAGCACUGAGCCACCUGGGGACCCCAGACUGCUUCUUACAGGCUUACAAAGUGCCUUCAGUUUUAGUCUCUUGUAAGCAGACGACAAGUGCAGGGGAAGACCCUGACCUGGGUCCGGCUGCCACCGCACUGUGACAGACCUGAACGUCACCAUCUGCUCCCAGCAUGUCCUAGGGCCUUGGAGAUGGGCCGCGGGUGGCCGAGAGGCAGCCUCCUCCCUCCACCUAUCCCAGAGCCAUGCUGAUGAUCUCAAACCUCCCUGUUGUCUCAGUGAAUAAACAAGAUACAGAUCUCUGGUAA